GUGCGAGCGGUGGAGGCGAACAAAGCUGCUUGGGAUCAGCAGGGCAAGAAGGCGGUUGGCGCCAAGAGCAGCGAUGGUGACUACGCGUCCAAGUGGUGGAAUUGGACAAAGUCUCAUAACACGUUUAAGAAGAUCUGGGAAAGGGAGGAGGAUUUCAAGGACAGUAAAAUUACUUACAACUUCCUCACAAAGCUUGGCAUCUACGACGAGGUCAUUCAGCUCUGGAAGCUUCGCGGCAACUUCCGGGCCGACGGCCUCAACCACAGGGCGGCGACGAUGAAUUUGAGGGCCCUUUGCGGAACAUUCGAGUCUGCCUUGCCAGUCAUCGGGCAGCACGCUUGCGCGGCAGCAGUCUUGGCGGCUAUUCACUUCAUGGUGCCACUAUACCCCCCCACGGGUGACGGGCUCUCUGUUGCUGGAGGCCAGGAAGCCCCGUGGUUGUUUGAGAGGUCUGGCCCAGAAUCAAUGCAAAAGCUCGAGAUGCUCAAGACCUCGCUCGGGGGGAGUGCAGUCUUCAAGAAGCUCGUGGCGCUGCGCGAGUCUCUCCCUGGUAAGGUCGGCGAGUUGGAGGAGGCGGCUAAGGAUGCUGAGGCAUCAUAUGCAGACGUCGCGCCGGCAGCGUCUGGAUCCAAAGAUAAGAAGGCAAGGAAGGCUGUUGCCAAGGCUAAGGCCGUUGCCGAGAAGGCGAGGCUGAAGGCCACCGCCAAGCUCGAGCUGCCACCUGAGCUCAAGGGCUUCAGGGACCGCAUCAGCAUCAAGUCAGGCAGCCGCCCCGUCAACAUCCUGGAGGACCACUGCUUCUCGGUCAACGCGAUUCUCUCUGUCACGUCCGAAGAGAGUCGGGUGGGCGGCGCGUUGGAGAAGCACGUGUCCACGCUUCGGGCCAUCAGUUUCAACCUAUUAUUCAAGUUCGUGUGGCAGCCCCCCGUGAACUAUCGUGGGAAACAGAUCGAGAA